CCCCCCUUGUAGCUCAGGAUAUUAUUAAGACUCUGCUGAACCAUUCUUAAAGAAAAUGUGUUGCUUCUGUUUCAAUAGAUGGUACAAAUGAUUAACCAGCUGGCUAUGUGAAUACAUGUAACAGAACUGCUGAUCAUGACAACAGGACUGUACUAGCAAGCUCUGUUAAAAAAAGGAUUGUACAGCUACAGAAUGCAGAACCUCAGGCAAGCUGCAUCAGAGGCUUUCAACCGUUUAGGUCUAAAGCACAGACAUGUGGGCUAUGAGGAGCUGACUGACCUCACCGAUUCUGCAUUUCCUUCAGAGGAGAUCCAGCCCCAUUGGUUCCACACCCUACAGGUCAGGAGGUUGACAGUUCAAAGGUCAAGGAGCAACAGUGACCCCUUGGGAGGAAAGAGCUUUGAAGCAGGAUUCCAGUGGAGAACCAGCCUCCAGUUUGGGACAGCCACCUCCUACCUGAACCUGGAGAAGCUGGGAGAGGGUUCCUACGCCACUGUUUAUAAAGGAAUCAGCCGGAUAAAUGGACACCUUGUUGCUUUAAAAGUGAUUAGGAUGAAGAUAGAAGAAGGAGUGCCAUUCACAGCUAUUAGAGAAGCCUCAUUGCUGAAGGGCCUGAAACAUGCCAACAUCGUCCUUCUCCAUGACAUCAUUCACACACGAGAGACCUUGACAUUCGUUUUUGAGUAUGUGCAAACUGAUCUAGCACAGUAUAUGAUUCAGCACCCUGGGGGCCUGCAUUCAUACAAUGUGAAGGUCUUACUGUUUCAGUUCCUGAGGGGUCUGUCGUAUAUCCAUCGCCAGAGGAUUCUGCACCGAGACCUCAAACCGCAGAACCUGCUGAUCAGCUACCUGGGGGAGCUCAAGCUCGCAGAUUUUGGUCUGGCAAGGGCCAAGUCUAUCCCCAGUCAAACCUACUCCUCCAAGGUGGUGACGCUGUGGUACCGGCCCCCUGAUGUUCUACUAGGAGCGACACACUACUCUACCGGACUGGACAUGUGGGGUGUGGGCUGUAUAUUUAUCGAGAUGCUACAAGGAUCCCCAGCUUUCCCUGGUGUCACAGAUAUUUUUGAACAACUGCAGAAGAUCUGGGCAGUAUUAGGGGUUCCUACUGAGGAAACCUGGCCUGGAGUUACUCAACUGCCAAACUACAAACCGGAAUGGUUUCUGCCCUGUCAGCCUAGAAUGCUUCGGAAUGUUUGGAAAAGACUCGGGCAGCUGCCCUAUAAAGCUGAGGACCUGGCAAAGAAGCUGCUGCAGUGUGUCCCGCGAGACCGUCUAUCUGCCGACGAGGCCCUCCGCCAUGAGUAUUUCAACAGCCUGCCUCCUGCACUGCUCCAACUGCCUGACACUACCUCCAUCUUCAAGGUUCCCGGGGUGAAGCUGGAACCUGAGGUCCGAAAUAUUUUUAGCCCUAGCAGGAAGAGCAGCCCCACUGCAGUCCCCCUCAACAAGCGCUGGUGACUCUGAGGACCUCUAGAGGCCUGGAUUGGAAGCCCAGUUUUGUCAUGCACACAGACAUCCAUUCAGAAACAAAGCCAGAGGAGACUUUCAAGGGAAACACUUUUGAAUAAGAAGCUUUGAGGGGGUGGGCAGCAGCUGAAAUGAAAGUGAAUUACACAUGCUUUUCAGAUGCAGACAUCAUAUGGUCUAAGUACAACACAGAAAAACUUGCGUUUGCGGUCAACUGAAGCUGGUAAUAAACCCCAGGGAAGGAAAAAAA